AUGGACGAAGACCAAAUCGUGAAAAGAGAGGCACACUUACUGAAACACUUACUCUCGCACCCGAAAGUGAACAAAAACACUCUGAAAGAACUCCUCUUACGACUCGUGUACGUGGAAAUGCUGGAUCACGACGCGUCGUUCGGGGAAAUUUACGCGGUGAAAGCGACGCACGAGAGCGAUUUGAGCGUGAAGAGGCAGGCGUAUUUAGCGUGUUCGCACGUCUUGGACGAUAAGAGCGAGUUGGUCGUGUUGUUGAUUAAUACCAUGCAACACGAUUUGGCGAGCGAGGAAUAUUUGGUGGUGUGCUCGGCGUUGAACGCGAUCGCGAAGUUGAUCACGGACGAGAAUAACGCGAUACCGGCGUUGUUGCCGAGCGUGGAGAAGUUGUUGGACCACGCGAACGCGCACGUGAGAAAGAAGGCGGUGUUGUGCUUGCAAAAGUUUGCCAUGUUUUCGCCGGAGAGCACGAGUCAUUUAGGGAACGCGUUUCGGAGGAUGUUGUGUGAUCGCGAUCCGAGCGUGAUGUUUGCGAGUUUGUGCGUGUUGAGGGAUUUGUGCGAAAGAGAGGCGGGGAAGUACGUAAACUUGGUCCCGAGUUUCGUAUCGAUUUUGAAACAAAUCGUGGAGAGACGCUUGCCGACGUCGUACGAUUAUCACAAGGUACCCGCGCCGUUCGCGCAGAUUAAGAUUUUGAAAAUAUUAGGCAUUUUAGGAAGUGGAGACAGAGAGGCGUCUAAACAGGCGUACGAGGUGAUUCAGUUGACGAUGAAGAAAGCGCAAAAGGCGAAGAGUAGCACCGGGGAUGGGAUUUUGUUAGAGUGCGUGUUUACGAUUGCGAAGAUUUAUCCAAACAAAGAGUUAUUGGAGCAAUGCGAAGGGAUCGUCAGAAAGUUUAUCAAUCGAGGCGUCGGAGAGGAUGGGAACGUGAAAACGAACGUGAGUAGCUCGGAUCGAUGGCGCAACGCGAAUUUGAAGUACGCCGCGUUGGACGCGCUCGCAAAAUUAGCGCCAAGACUUCCGGAUUGCGCGGCGGAGCAUCAAAUGCACAUAGUAGACUCGUUGGAUAGUGAAGACGAAUCCGUGAGAGCGAAAACGUUUGACUUAUUGUCCAAGAUAACCACCGCGAAUAACUGCGACGUGAUCAUCGAGAAGAUGUUGAGCUUUUUGCGCAAAUCCAACGAUAGGUACGUUCGCGCCGACUUCGCGUUGAAAACGAGUCAAACGAUCGAAAAGUUUGCCCCGGACGCGAAAUGGUUCUUAGAAAAUACGAAUAAAGUGAUCGAGUUGUUACAAGGCGAAGGACACGAGCCGACGAUUCCUGAAUUCGAAUCCUCGGCGUUGAUUGCCGAACGGGUGAAGAAUACGCUCAGAGAAGGCAUUUCUGGAGACGAGUCUACGGACGACGAGAUGCGUCGAGAAGCGAGCGCGUUAUACGCGACGAUUAUGUGCACCGAACGAGAGGCGUGUAAACCGUUGCCCAGGGCAAUCGUCGACAUCGCGUGCUUUGCAAUUGGACGAUACUCGAACGCCGCGUUUGAAAACGUAUCGAACACGUUAGCGAUACCUUUUGAUAGCGACGUCCGAAACGCUCCUCUCGUAUUAGACGCGUAUUGGCACUUGAAAAUGCGUCAAAAAUCUGCAUCAACGCAAUUCCCUGAACGCGCUUUGAAAGUGAUUGAAUGGUGCGCCUCGAGCUCGGACGUUCGAACGCACCGCGUGGCGAGCGACUUACUUCAAAUCGCGAAAGAUCCGGAACUGGGGGUGCUUUUUGCCUCGGCAACUGCGAACGUAGCGAAGACGAGUACGGUGUCGUUUGAUUUUUCAGCCCUCGACGCGUACACGCAACGCGCGCUCGCAAACGGUGCUAAACCGUAUUCGAAACCGAAGAUUGCGACGGAAGAGGUGAAAGAAGAAGAAAUCGUGUUAUCAUCCGCAGCAGAAGUGUCCGCUGAACAACCACAACCACAACCACCACAACAACAACGACAACAACAACCAUUCCCGACAAUAUCGCCUCCUCCGCGCGCGCCAACGACUGCGAAAAGAGAAGAGGAGAUUUCCGAAUCUGAACAGAGGAAGCAAAAACUCGCGAGCGAUUUGUUCGGAGGACCGAAAACAGCAGCGGCGUCUACACCUUCGCAACUACCACCAGUUACGAGUACUACGUAUACUCCAACGAGUACCACGAGUUCUAACUUGCUGGGCGAUUUGUUAUCCGGCGUACCGUCGGCGCAGGCGACGCAGGCAACAGCGGCGGCACCGCCAUCAUCGACGGCGUCUCCGAACGUGGAUUUACUCGGCGACUUGCUCGGUGAAAUCACUGUGGGAGGAAACAGUCAAACUUCUCAGCAGCAGCAGCAGCAGCAGCAAAAUAACAAUAAUAAAGAUCCAUCGUCACCGAACGCGCAAUCUUCCAUCAGCGGCGGCGUAGCUCGAACGUCGGCGAAGAAGGAUCCGUUUGCCGACUUGUUUGGAUAA